GAGCGCGCCCCGGUGCUCAAAACGCGUCGCUGGAGGCCGUGCGUCCACCCGACGGACUACAGGUCAUGGAGCCGCGCGCGGGGAGCGCCACGGACCCUAGCGGGAGCAGAGGAGGCCGCGGCGGUCCCCAGUCCGCGGGCCCUAGCGCCCGGCAGCUCCUGGCCCGGCUGGACGCGCGCCCCCUGGCGGCCCGAGCUGCGGCCGACGUGGCGGCGCUGGUGCGCAGGGCCGGCGCCACAUUGCGCCUGCGCCCCAAGGAGGUCGUUAGCGUGCAGGAUUCUGCGGACAUAGAGGUCACCGACAGUCGCCUGCCUAAUGCCGCUUUCGUAGAACACCGGCCCCAGCAUCGUCGGUCAGAAACCUUGGGUACACGUACCACGGCGUCCCAAGUGACCCAGGGUAUGGCACGUCGUGCUUCGAAGCCGCCCCAGGCUUCUGGUCGGUUCUGUGUGGAACUGGUUUGUGGUCCCAUGGGCUUUGGCUUCACAUUAAGUGGAGGCCGAGAUGCAGCCGGAGACGCUCCGCUGGCAGUGCGCGGGCUGCUGAAGGACGGGCCGGCAGAGCGCUGCGGUCGUUUGCAGGCUGGUGACCUCGUGCUCUACAUCAACGGAGAGUCAACUCAGGGCCUCACCCAUGCCCAGGUCGUGGAGCGGAUUCGCGCAGGCGGACCCCGGCUCCGUCUGGUGCUAACCAGCCCUCUUGAGACCCACCCCGGCAAACUUGAGGGGGUGGGAGGGCCCCAGAAAGGCGAUGAUCGCAGCCCAGAUUCUGGGGGACCAAAGGUGAUGAAGUCUCGCAGCGCCAGCCCCUCCCUACUUCAGCACCCUCGAUCCCAUAAGACGCCCCAAACCCGGGGCAGCCCAGAGCCUAGCCCAGAGCGAGCGGCCGACAGCCCCGCGGUUCCUCCUCCUGAGCGCCGCACGGAGGACCCUCACGACCGAACUCCGGGUUCCCCGGGACCCUGGCUGGUGCCCAGCGAGGAACGGCUCUCGCGUGCCCUAGGGGUCCCGGGGGCCGCGCAGCUCGCCCUGGAGAUGGCAGCCGGCAGGCGGAGGCACUGAGCAUGCAUCGGGCGGCUUGGUGCUUACUUGGUACUGCCCAACCUGGAUCUGGCGUGCUCCGCCGGCCGCGCACUAGCGUGGCGGGGAGAGCUUCCACUUGGUCUUGUUCCCCCUCCUGCUGCGCAGUCGACCAGCCCGUGCUCCCCUCGCGGCGUCAGUGGCACAGCCCUCCCGGACGGGCCAGCCCUGCGCUUCUUGUUUCGGGCGGGGGAGGUAAUAAAAUGGUUUGAUCCAG